AAAACUGAAAAAAAUGCCUCCACCACCACCCAAUGCCAACACUGUAGAUGUUAACCGGCGGCGAAGCGCAGCACCGCCAGCCCCGGCUGACGGAGCCGAUCAUCUUAGACGCCACAGCAACGCCGAGAGUCCUAACUAUCCUCUCCUACGUGCUCGAAAAGCUGGUCUCCCGGAAUGACCGGUUAAGCGAUGGCGGUGGCUCCGCCGGAAAUAUAUUGACCGCAUUCCACGGGGUACGGUCGCCGGCGAUAAGCCUGGAGAAGUAUUUGGAGAGAAUAUAUAAGUACACAAACUGUAGCCCGGCGUGCUUCGUGGUGGGGUUCGUGUACAUAGAUCGGCUGGUUCAUAAGUAUCCGGACUCACUUGUGGUUUCACUCAAUGUUCAUCGCUUGGUCGUCACCAGUGUUAUGGUUGCUUCCAAGAUUCUUGAUGAUGUGCACUAUAAUAAUGCAUUUUAUGCCCGAGUUGGAGGAGUGAGCAAUGCAGAGUUGAACCGGCUCGAAAUUGAACUGCUUUUUUUGUUAGAUUUUGGAGUAUGUGUUAGCUCUCGAGUUUUCGAAAGCUAUUGUCAACACCUCGAAAACCAAAGUCCACCCCCCAUCACACUCAUCUCCGUCGAUGAUGUCACCGACAUAUCUGUUGAAGAUACGCAUAAUUCCUCACCACCUCAAUUGCGUGCCUGACUCAUAGUUAACUUCCAUUUUAUUGUAUUAUUCUUUUUUAUGUAUGAUAUUUUUUAUACCAUCAAAAUACCAACUUGUUAAUCUUGAUUUUCUAUGUAAUAUGUCAAUUUUCUUUUCUUUCA